AUGGUUUUGGGGAUCGUGCCGGCAGUGCAGCUUCUCGGCCCCGUGCUCGCGUGCAGCGGCGACCCGGCAUGCGACAUCCAGCGAACGAGAUCGGCCACUCUGAGCGUGUAUUGGCGGAACAAUUGGGUCCUGGCUAACAGGAUGCUCAGUUUCAGGCAGACGGCCCAGGAUGGUUCCGCUCGUGAGCGCGUCUCGGACAUCUUCGCGGCGCUGGGCACCGUCCCUGCGCGCUGCUCGCUGGCGACGACGCUGGCGAGGGUCCUUCUCUACGGGCUGCUGGCGCGCGCGACCGCGUCGCAUCCCUCGGUCGCGUUGCGCGACGUGGUCGACGACGUUGGAGGCCAGUCGCUAGGGGCUUCGACGCACGAGGUCCAGCAGCUGGGCCAGGCGGGCAAGGCUGAGGCGCCAACCGAUAAGGAGCUACUGCUGAUUGCCCAGCACUUCCAGCACCAGAUUCGAGUCGCCAGAGUUGUCGGUGCUCAGGGGGAUCGCGUGGUCGAUGCCCCUAGGUUCGGUCUCGAGUCGGGCGGUCUUGCACAGUGGACCGCCGUUGCCGCCACCGUAUGCUCCGAGCAGCUUGGGCACGAGGACGAGCAGGGGCGCCCACCGACGAGCCGCGAGCCCCAGCCGAUUCCGCGCGAGCAGCGGCGCCCACUGGCGAGCGGGGGGCCGCUAGCCAGCCCGGGGCCGAACGCCGCGCUGCAGCGCGGCGUGGCUACCAUGCUUCUGGGCAGCGCGGGCGCCCGGCCGAGGACCGGCGUCGCCAGAGGCUUGGUUGCCGCCGCGGUGGCGGGGUCGGCCGCGGCGGCUGCCGCCGCGAUGGCGGCCCCGCAGACGCCGCGCUGCGUGCAGGCGCUGCUGCUGCCGUCCGCGCCGAGCCGGGGCCGCCUGCCACGGCUGGCGCCGCGCUCCGCGACCAGGCGGCACCGGCACCCGCCGCGCGAGCCUGAGCAGCCGCAGGGCAUCUUCGACGGCCGCGAGGUGACGCUCCCAGAGACUUUCCGCGAGACCAUUGACGACAUCGUGCUGAGACUGCGCUCCAAGCUGCCGCAGCAGCACGAUCAGGUUCAUGACCACGAGAUGCCGCCCCUGGUGCCGAGGAUCCUGUGGAAUCACCUCAGCGGCUUCGUGAAGGCGCAAGAGAGGGGCCCGUUCGACCAGCUGCCCAGCGACCAGUGGCUGACAUUGCGCCUCGAUGGGUGUAGCUGGGGCACGCUCCUCGACACCAUCAGGCGUUCUGGGCUGCUGGGGACGGGCUUCAGCGACAAGAUUGCCGAGGCCAUGAUGUCCAGCUGCAGAGCCGUCAUGCGCGAGUUCGGGGCCUGCCUUGCCUACACGCACAGCGAC